AUGGUUACUGUUCACUCCGCCAACAAAAUGGAGAUUUGGAGCGGGGUGCUUUGCCAAGCAGCCCCCAUAUCAGGCAGCCCCAAAUCGAUGCAUGAAGACCGAAAUGGUAAUCCACUCCACGCCCGAAGUCGUAUUGACAAGCAGGUCGCUCACGCGCAUGCUACUCGAAGUGAUGUUGCCAAGUUUGAAAACACGAAAGGAGAGAAAUAG